GUGAACAGCGACGUCCACGCUGCUACCUCGACCUUCUCCUAUAUAUCUCCUCAAUCCUGCUACCAUUCCUCCCUCAAAAACGGCGACCGGUCACGGAAACGCUGCUCAACGGCGCUCGGUGACCCCGUCCAGGUCCCACAUGGACAAUCCGCCAACCAGUACCACCAAUAUCCACACCAUCGUCAAAGCGCAAAUUGUUUUUCUUCUAUCGACACUGACUGAGGAAAACUUCGAGCGGAAUCAGGUGGAAAUUCGUUCGCUCUCGGAACAGCAUGGAAUAGACACUUACCUUCAUUUCAUCCGUCGGUUAAUCGUUGCUUCCCAGUCGCGGCUUGCUGCCGGUCCACCUCCUCCCUUUGACGCCUCAACUUCUCUCACUUUUCGGCUACUUGUCCAGGAAACCCAACGUCUCGCACGCGACCCUUUCCUCGCUGAUCGUUUCCGCGACGGCAUCGAUAAGGGCGAAGGCGAUGUUUUCAGGGGCUUCGAUUUCCUUCGUUUUGUGGACCGUAUAGGCCUUCGCCCGCUCGAGCGUCUCGUUCUCGCAUCGUCUGUGGCAUCCGCCACUCGCAAGGACCUUGCAAGCCAGGCUGUUGCUGUCAUAAAAUCCGAGCUGAAGGAGGCGGCAGCUACUCUAUAUCGUGCAAAUCCGUCGUUUGACCAUGCGGAUUUGUCGCCUAACCAGGUGGCGAAGCUGCUGUCGAACUUGCUGUCGGAUCUUCCACUAGACUCCCCUAUUUUGGAUUUUCCCGAACGGAACGCGCUGAUUGUCGCUGCACAGACCAAGUACGGCCAAGAAACGGUAACGCCGAUGCUUCAUCGCAUUCUGCCGUCCAUAAGUCUUCCUCCCGGAACCACACCUAUUCAGCUUCUUCUGCAGCUUGGGCCUGAAAUAACCAGUGAUCCUGACGUUGUUCGCUCUCUUUUGGUGCGGUUUGGAAUGUCGGACGCGAGUCCCCCCACCGACGCUCACGUUGUGGAGAUGAUGUCGACAUUGGCUCGUCAUGCGGCGGAAGGUACAACAUUAUGCGAUGUUUCUUCGCUUGUUAGGGCACUCUCUUCUUUCCCUGUCAACAUCAACUGGGCCAAUGUCAUCAAGUCCUUCGACUGGCCGGACCGCCUUGGCGUUGACACUGCUACCCUGAAGCUCCUAAUAGCCAUCCUGCUGAGCUGUCCACGAGAUGGCGAACCUCAUGCCGUCACCGGAUUCUGGUCAACCUGGUCAAACUCCCUCUAUCAACUCCGCCUACUUGAUGCCCUUCUAUCCCUACCCGCCGACACAUUUAACUUUGUUCAGCUCCCCGGCCACAGAAUAGUCACCGUUGAUGAUGUAGCAGUUGCAAGCCCAACUAUCAAGGCUCUGGCAGCAAAUGUCCAAGGCCACACAUGGAAUUCCCUUGAGCUCUUUGAAGUUCUAGUGCGGUUAGCAGACUCCGAUUCUACCGAGAUCAGGAAUUGUGUGCGUGAAAUGCUCGACAAGGCCAUCAAAAUUAGCGCAGAGCUUGUUCAUAUGGGCCUCCUCCAAGUUCCGGACCAAAAUUGGAAUGAAAUACGGACAGAAUAUUCGCGUAAACUCCUCACAAUGUUCCUUGGCGGACAUCCGAAUCACCAAUUGGUCUUUAUGAGGAUAUGGCAAAUAGAACCCACAUAUCUAACAAGCGCCUUUCGUGAUUUUUAUCAAGAAAAUCCUCUCAAUAUCACCCGUAUUCUUGACGUGGCACAAGAUCUCAAGAUUUUGGAGGCUCUCCUAGAAGUUCGUCCGUUCGCGUUCGCUCUCGAUGUCGCUGCCCUCGCCUCUCGGAGAGAGUAUCUGAACCUCGACAAAUGGCUUGCAGAUAAUGUGACUAAUCAUGGGGCAGAGUUCUUGCGCGCAGUCGUUGAUUUCCUCGAAGACAAGAUGGCCAACGAGAGGUCAACGCGUAUAUCAGACCCCCAAGUGGAAAGUCGUACAAUGUCUCUGAGUGCUAGCACAAUCACGAUCAUCCUGCGUGUCCUUCGUAACAGUACGAACCAAAUGGGCGGAGAGGACCUUCGCCGCAGCGUGGAAGUCCGCAAUUCUUGUCUUCAAAUACAUCCACGCCUUAUGAGUUUGAUACCUGGGUCUGAUGUUGAGCCUGGAUCCACUGUCGUCAGCUAUUCCACCGAGAUCGAGGCUGAGGUCGAUGGCAUCUACAAGCAGAUGUAUGAUGAGAACAUCACCAUUGACGAAGUCAUCGCUAUGCUGCAACGACACAAGGAGUCCACUAAUACUCGUGACCAUGAAGUCUUUUCAUGCAUGCUCCAUUUUCUAUUCGACGAAUACAAAUUCUUCCAAUCGUACUAUCCUGCUCGCGAACUGUCGAUGACGGGCUACCUUUUUGGUUCACUGAUCCAGCAUCAGCUCAUUGACUACAUUCCCCUUGGUAUCGCCAUUCGCUACGUCUUGGACGCAUUGCUUUGCCCACCUGAAACAAACCUUUUCAAGUUUGGCGUUCAAGCUUUGAAUAGAUUCGAAUUCAGACUGGCCGAAUGGAGGCCAUUGUGCGAGAAGUUGGCAGAGAUUCCUGCGUUGAUUGAAGCAAAGCCGGAGCUUGUUGCAAGCAUCCAACGACAUCUCGCGUCGUCAUCGGCGGAUGGUAGUGUCAACGGGGAUAUCCGCUCCCUGUCGAUUGGGCCUCCCGCUGAACCAUUGCCCAUUUUUACUGCUAUCCACCCUGAUAAUAUCGAAGGCCAAAUUGAACAACCGCCGGAAGAGUUGUCUGACAAAAUCCUCUUCAUUGUUAAUAAUUUGGCCCCAACUAAUUUCGACGCCAAGUUGACCGAGAUGAAGGAGUUGUUUGACGACGGAUAUUCGAGGUGGUUUGCGAAUUACUUGGUGGAUCAACGAAUCAGUUCAGAACCCAACAAUCACGGCCUCUACCUGCGCUUCCUUGAAGCAUUGGAAUCCAAGUCACUCACGAAGUUUAUCCUUCAUGAGACAUUUGUCAAGUCAACGAGUAUGCUCAACUCGGAGCGAUCGAUGCAAUCGGGAACCGAACGGAACACUCUCAAAAACGUUGGGCUGUGGUUGGGCUCAAUCACUCUGGCUCGUGAUAUUCCUAUCAAGCAUAAAAACUUGUCGUUCAAAGACCUGCUUCUUGAGGGCUACGAAAGUGGACGACUGGUUGUCGCGAUACCCUUUGUAUGCAAAACACUCGAGGGAUGCUCGAAGUCCAGAGUCUUCAAGCCUCCAAACCCGUGGCUGAUGGCUGUAGUCAGUCUUUUGGCAGAGUUCUACUUCUUUGCAGAGUUACGAUUGAACUUCAAGUUUGAAAUCGAGCUGUUAUGCACUGCACUCGAAAUCAACCUUGAAUCCAUUGAACCUACUACUGUUCUCCGUAACAGACCAAUGACGGACUCACUCGCAGGUCCACCGCUUCCAGAUUACGUGCCAGACAUUGAAUCUCUACCCAUUGGAGGAGGUUACGACUCUUCAGCGCACUUGGUGCCGGGGGAAUCGCAAGUCAUUCCUCUCGGUCCGGCAAGUCCUGCCGAUACUCAACGAGUUCUGGGUGCGCAUAUCGAAUCAAUUCUUUCAACGCUUGCCAUGCACGUGCACGUGAACCCUCAGCUUGCGCCCCUGCAUCUAAACCCUGCCUUCAAGAGGUCCGUCCAACUCUCUGUAGAUCGGUCUGUUCGGGAGAUAAUUUUACCAGUUGUGGAGAGAUCUGUUACUAUUGCUGGGAUAUCAACGAGAGAGUUGGUGGUCAAGGAUUUCGCCUCGGAAUCAAAUGAAGACAAACUUCGAAAGGCGGCCCAUUUGAUGGGGCAGAAGUUAGCGGGAAGUUUAGCCCUAGUAACAUGCAAGGAGCCGCUCAAAAGUAAUCUUGCUACACACCUUCGUGCAUACCUGGCAGAUCAUGGUUUCCAGGAGGUCGCGCAGCAAGACGCUGUCAUUUUAAUCCUCGUACAGGACAACUUGGAUACAGCCUGUUCUGCCAUCGAGAAAGCAGCAAUGGAGCGCGCGGUGACUGACGUCGACGAUGCAUUCGCUACUGCCUACGAAGCACGUCAUCGUCAUCGCGAGUUACGCAAUGGUCAAAGCUUCUGGGAUCCUGCUGUCCCGCAUACCAAUUUCUCCAGUUCUCUUCCUGACCCGCUUCGAGUCAGACCAACUGGCGUCCAGGCUACUCAAGUAUCUGUCUAUGAAGACUUUGGUAUUGAUCCAAGGCGACGCGCGACGAGUAGACCUAGUUCGACAAUUUCUUACAAUCCGUAUACCCCUUCACCUGCCCCUGAUACGCUCAUGAGCCAACAACAGUAUUUGACGCAUGAAGAAGCUAUGAACCGCUUCUCCGUUGUCACCCGUGAUUUGGAAGCUGUCAUGAUCCAAAUUCCUGUUCAGAACUUUGCGGCUCUACCACAUAAUCAUGAUAUUCGUCACCUCGUUCGACAGGUUGUUUUCAUUGGUAUGGAAUGCGCUGAUCGCCAAAAGACACCACUGUUGCUGUCUCAGAAGAUUGUUCAACUACUCUACAAGACUCCUACACAGUUGGGGAGGGACGUAUAUGUGACGUUGCUUGAUCAGCUUUGCCGGACGUAUGAGGACGUGGGCAAGGAAGCCAUAAACUGGCUUCUGUAUGCUGAAGACGAGCGUAAAUUCAAUGUGCCGGUCACCGUCACGCUCCUGGGUAGUGGUUUGGUGCCCAUCACCUUGCAAGACCAACAAUUAGCCAAGUUCUUGUUUUCGGAUCCCCGACCCAGUUUGCUUCUUUUCGCUGCCAACUUGAUUCGACAGUGCCUGUUUAGUGAAGCUCCGAUCCUAACUCAAAGCCAAUUUUCCUUGUCCAUCGAGGUUCUGAGUCAGCUGGCCCAGGCGGGCAGAGCUAUCGAAGAAGUGAACCGGUUACUGGAUGACAUUGUUGGAACCCGCCGACCUGUUGGACCUGGACCUGGAACCCCAGCUGUCCCCCAGCCUUCGGUGAAACCCGAAACAGAGCAAAUACGGGAAAAGCUCUUUGCCUGGUUCCAACAAUGGGUGAACAUCUAUCAACGCUCCCAUACACCGGAAAAGAGUUUCGUUCCCUUCAUCACCCAGCUUACGAAACAGGGCAUUCUCAAAGCCGAAGAGAUGUCUUCUCUUUUUUUCCGGGUUUGUGCGGAAUCCAGCGUGAACAACUACCUGAAAUGCAUUCAAAAUAAUGAUUACCAUCAUGCCUUCCAAGCUUUGGAUGCCAUGUCGAGACUUAUUUCGUACAUGAUCAAGUACCAUGGGGAUGCUUCGGGUGUCAAUAAUGAUCAAGCGAAGGUCCAUUAUCUCACCAAGAUCCUAUCCAUCUUUGUCCUUGUGCUGGCUAACAUGCACGAGGAUCAAGGCGUGUCCUUCCAGCAGAAACCAUUCUUCAGAUUCUUCUCAAGUCUGAUCAAUGACUUUCAUUCCAUGGAAGCGCACCUGGGUACGGCAUACUUCCAACUGCUCUUAGCCAUAAGUGACGCAUUCAGUUCCUUACAACCUACUUACUUCCCUGGCUUCUCGUUCUCGUGGAUGUGCCUUAUUUCCCACAGACUCUUUAUGCCGAAGCUGCUUAAGUCUGAAAAUCGCGAGGGAUGGUCGGCUUUCCAUAAAUUAUUGCUCUCGCUCUUCAAAUUCCUUUCACCCUUCCUGAGAGACGCGGAUCUCCAGCAUGCCUCACGGGACCUAUACCGCGGCGCGCUUCGCAUCCUUUUAGUCCUGCUCCACGACUUCCCCGAGUUCCUCAGCGAGUACUAUUUCUCCCUUUGCGACGCCAUUCCUCCCCGAUGCAUCCAACUCCGUAACAUCAUACUCAGCUCGUUCCCUGCCUCCGUCACUUUACCUGAUCCUCAUCUACGUGGCCAAACAUUCGAGUCCUUACCUGAGAUGGGCAUCAUACCUCCUAUUCUCUCCGAAUUCACGUCGGGUCUGAAAAAUAGUGACCUAAAAGCUCUCCUUGACCAGUACCUGCUGAAUCGGGGCGCGUCACCAACGCUGCUUCCUUCGCUCAAAGAACACAUCAUGCCGGCGGGUACUCCGGAUGGACCUGGGGAAUACUACAACUUAUCCCUCAUCAAUAGUCUUGUGAUGUAUAUCGGUGUUUCUUCAGUCGCCCAAAUCAAGUCCCGAAGUGGAUCUCGCGUAUUCUCCAACACUGAUCCUGGUGCGAUUGCUUUGCAGUACCUGGCUACCAACCUAGAUGUUGAAGGCCAGCACCACCUUCUAAGUGCCAUCGUGCUACAUCUACGUUAUCCUAACGCGCACACACAUUGGUUCAGCUGCCUACUAUUGCACCUCUUUCUUGAAGUACAAGAUGAGCGCUUCAGAGAGGUAUUGACCAAGGUCCUUUUGGAGCGAUUCAUCGUCCAUCGGCCUCACCCGUGGGGAGCUCUGGCCACAUUUAUUGAAUUGCUUCGCAAUACAGCGAAGUACGAUUUCUGGUCGAGGGACUUCAUCAACAUCGCCCCUGAGGUCAGACUCCUCCUCGACAAUGUUGCUAAGGCUAUCUUCUCUCAACAGUAGAAUCUUGUCGCUAUUCUUUUUGCUAUCUCUCUCCGCAUAUAUAUAUCUCCUGUCUUAACUGUUUUAUUCCGGGUUUUCUUUUGUUCCUCCUGCACAGUGUAUUGUAACAUUAUUUGUCACCGUUUUCAAGUGUUGAAGAGGGGUGUGAGAUCUGAGCUUUGAUUACGAGUAUUUCACGAACCCAAUGACCCUGUUACCAGAUUUUCCUGGCUACCAAAAGCUGCAGCUUCUGUAUUGUUUUAACGAAGUAAUGUAUCAUUUGUACUCAUUCAAACAGCUAGCUACCUGAGAUGCCAAUGACGGGUGAUUGGAUACAUCACUCGUCAUUCAUCUUAUCAACUUUGCAUU